AUGAUUUCUACAAGAUCAGCAACCAGACUGUCGCUGUCCCAGGGCAGAGCAGCUCUACGGGUUCCAAAACGCCAACAUAUUCGCUUCCAGACAACUUCAUCUACGUCUUCAUCAGCAAGCGGUGGAGCUUCCAAUGGAUCAUUGGGAGUCGGCCUUGUGGGCGGCGUGGCUGGGGCAGCAUUAUUCUACGGCGUUUAUUCCUUCACUCCUGCUGGUCGAACGGCAAGCAAGUUGAACAAGACGGUGAAAGAGGCCGAGAAGAAGUAUCAAGAAGCCGCCAAGGCACUGCAGGCGAAUACCCCGAGCGCAUCGCAAGCAGUGGAUUCCAUUAAGCAGUUUGCCUACUCUUACGUGGGCUGGAUACCUGGCGGCCGUGGCUACGUGGAUGCGGCAUUCAAGGACUGGGAAACCGUGAGGAAAGAGCACGGCAAGGAGGCGGAUAAGCUGGUCAAUGAUGCAUAUAAGCAGUUUCAGGAGAUUUCUAAAUCGAGCCUGAGCCUUGAAACAGCUUCCCGAGCGUAUGAUGCCCUGGCGGAUUUGGCGAGCAAGAUUGCCAGUCUCACUGGUGAUGCGCUUUCGGAUGUUAUGGACAACCAUCCGCAGCUGAAGGAGAAGCUCGGGGGCAAUAUCGAUCAGCUGAAGCAGAUGGGCGAGCACUACGGCCCAGAGGCGAAGAAGCAGGUGGACGAGACUUGGCGGCAGGUCAAGGACAUCUUUGCCGGCGGAUUCAGCGCCUCGAGUCUCGCGAAAGCGCGGGAGCUCAUCGACGACAAGGUGCAGCAGGUGCAGAAGCUAGGAGAUGAGGCCUGGAAGAAGGGCCUGGAAGAGGCCAAGCCGUAUCUUGAAAAGAGCCCCAAGGUCAAGGAGCUAUUGGAGAAGAAUGGCGAGGCUUUGAAGAAGGGCAAUAUAGGUGAGCUUUUCGGCAAGGUGCGUGACGCGGCCAAGUCUGGAGAUGUUGGCGGCUUGGAGAGCUACAUCAAGCAAGCGGCGCAGAAAGUGGGAGAUAAGGCCAAGGAGAGCGGAUGGGGAUCACUGGACAAGUAUCUGGACAAAGUACCGCAGGGCAGCGAGAUUCUGGGCAAGCUGGAGGAGAUGGGACGGGUUGCGGAGGAGCACAAGGAGGAAGGGGAGCAGCUGCUGAAGGAGACGAUGGGGGAUAUUCAGAAGGUGCUUGAGGAGAAGGGACAGAAGGUGAAGGAGAUUGUGGAUUCUGAGAAGAAGCAGAAGAAGUGA